UGAGGCGUUUCGGGAGAUAAUUUGUUAAAAACAUUGUUUUUGUUUCAAUGUUUUCGAUUAUAAUUUAUUUUGUGUUUUAUUAAGCGUGGAUGCUGUGUCUCAUUGAUCAUAGAUUUCAAAGAUAGAUUUGUGGCAAGAAAGAUGACAGUAUUUAUCUUCAACUGUGUUAUUUCCGUUAAAUUGUGUUAAAUAAUCGCAAUGUCAAAAACAAUAAAAUCAGCCAACGUAACUUUAAAGCCUAUUGAGGUUUCAAAAGCUUUACAACAAGGAGAGAAAUUUAUAAAAUGGGAUGAGGAUUCUGGGGCUGGACUGCCCGUCACACUUCGGGUGGAUCCCAAGGGAUUCUAUUUAUUUUGGACUGACCAGAAUAUGGAAGUUGAAAUGCUAGACAUAGCAACUAUCAGGGAUGUAAGAACUGGUGUCCAUGCUAAAGUACCUAAGGAUCAAAAGAUUCGGAAUGUGGUGUUGAUCGGAUCGCAGGGAUCAUUAGAAGAGAAGACGGUGACGGUCUGCUAUGGCGCCGACUUCGUCAAUGUCACCUUCGUUAACUUCUGCUGCACCAGGAGGGAUAUCGCACAGAUGUGGACGGAAGAACUGUUCAGUCUCGCGUACAAUCUGAACCAGCUCAACAACCCAACCAUCAAGUUUCUAGAGAAGCUGCACACGAAGAUAAUACUUAAGGCGGACAAGUCGGGGAAAAUACUCGUCAAGAAUAUCGUGCGGCAGUUUGCACAAAACAAAGAAGACAAAAAACGAGUAGAGAAGGCACUUAGUGAGUCAGGUCUACCGACAGGUAAAAACGACACCAUCAGUCAGUCCAAGUUCCAGUUCGAAGACUUCUUCGCCUUUUACAAAAGUCUAACGCAGCGCACAGAAGUUUUGAAGAUAUUUAAUAGUCUUACGGACAACAAGCCUCAUUUAUCCGCCAACCAGUUGGUGGACUUCCUAAACGACGUACAGCGUGACCCUCGCCUUAAUGAGAUCCUGCACCCCUACGCAGAUAUACAGCGUGCCAGAGACCUCAUCCGAACCUAUGAGUACAAUAAGUAUCACCAGCAAAGAUCGCAGCUCACAUUCGAUGGUUUUCUUAGGUUUCUAAUGUCGGAGGACAAUCCUAUCGUAGCGCCGAAUAAAAUGGAUCUAUGCGACGACAUGGAUCAGCCUCUCGCGCAUUACUUCAUCAACAGUUCGCACAACACCUAUCUCACUGGUCAUCAGAUCACCGGCAAGUCCAGCGUAGAGAUAUACCGACAGAGUUUGCUCGCUGGUUGCAGGUGUGUGGAACUAGAUUUCUGGAACGGACGUACGGAUGAGCCGAUCAUAGUUCACGGGUAUACUUUUGUACCGGAGAUCAGCGCAAGGGAGGUACUAGAAGCUAUAGCUGAGAGCGCUUUCAAGACGUCCGACUACCCCGUUAUAUUGAGCUUCGAGAACCACUGUAAUCCUCGUCAGCAAGCUAAGAUAGCUAAUUAUUGUCGAGACAUCUUUGGUGAUAUGCUGCUCGAUAGACCGCUCGAUUCACAUCAGCUGGAACCAGGAGGGGAGCUGCCUCCCCCAUCGCUAUUGAAGCACAAGAUAAUAAUAAAGAACAAGAAGAAGCACCACCACCACCACAAGAAGGAAGGCUCCGUGGGCUCCGAGGACGUGGAGGCGCGCGAUCCCGCCCAGCCGCAGGGCAACGGGGAGAUCGCGCACGGACCUCUGGCCCGACAAGGUUCCAAGGAGUCCUCAGAGUCGUCGGAGUCGGAGUCGUCGUCUGGCGAGGAGGAGGCGGAGACGGAGGCGUGCGGGGAGGGCGCGGGCGCGGGCGAGGGGGCGGGGCCGGGCGCGCCGGGGGCGGAGCCCGAGACGCACGCCGCCGCAGAGAUCUCCGCGCUCGUCAACUACGUGCAGCCCGUGCACUUCAGCUCCUUCGAGAACGCUGAAAAGAAAAACCGUUUCUACGAGAUGUCGUCGUUCGAUGAGAAGCAGGCGACGACGCUGCUGAAGGAGCGGCCGAUAGAGUUCGUGAACUACAACAAGCACCAGUUGUCGCGCGUGUACCCGGCCGGCACACGAUUUGACUCAUCUAACUUUAUGCCACAGGUGUUCUGGAACGCGGGGUGUCAGCUGGUGGCACUCAACUACCAGACGCUGGACCUCGCCAUGCAGCUCAAUCUUGGCACCUUCGAGUACAACCGUCGCUGCGGGUACCUCCUCAAGCCUGAGUUUAUGCGACGGAAGGACCGUCGUUUGGACCCGUUCGCGGAGAGCACAGUGGACGGUAUCAUCGCUGGCUCGCUCUCUGUGACAGUGGUGUCAGGUCAGCUGCUGACAGACAAGCGCUGCGGCACUUAUGUAGAGGCCGACAUGUUCGGUCUGCCUGCGGAUACAGUACGCAAGAAGUUCCGCACACGAGUCGCUCCCAAUAACGGCAUCAAUCCUGUCUACGGAGAUGAGCCUUUUGUCUUCAAGAAGGUGGUGUUGCCCGAGCUGGCCAUGCUGCGUAUAGCGGCGCACGAGGAGAGCGGGCGGCUGCUGGGCCACCGCGUGCUGCCCGUGCUGGGUCUGCGCCCCGGCUACAGGCACGUCAACCUCCGCACUGAGCUCGGCCUGCCGCUGCCGGCCAGUCUGCUGCUGCUCGUCGUUGUCAAGGACUAUGUACCGGACCGGCUGUCGGAGCUGGCGGAGGCGCUGGCCAAUCCCAUCAAGUACCAGAGCGAGCUGGACAAGCGCGAGCACCAGCUGGCCGUGCUCACUGACGACACGGACGCCCCGCCCUCCCCCAACAACGCCCCCAACCCCACCUCCAGCCCCGCCCCCAACAAUGCCCCCAGCACCGCCCUCCCGCCCCACGACGACGGCCGGCGGCUCAGCUCCAUGUUAAAGUCAGAUGUAGCGGACAGCAGCCCCAACAAGGCGGGUGUGUGCGGGGACUCGCGCCGCUCGCUUGAUGCUGACGUCACUCUGACUGGACCUGUCCCCACUUCUGUACCCGCACCACUGCCUGUGGAGGAUAAGUUCACACGAGAAGAAAAAGAGAAGGAGGAGAAGUUGAGUUGGGAGGCGGGGCUGGAGAGUACAUUGGCGGCGCUGCUGUCGUCGAAGCGUGUGCGGGAGAGGCGCGGCGAGCUGGCGCGGAAGCUGGAUCUGCUGCGCCGCAAACGAGAUGUGCGCGAGACACGACCACUCUCUAAGCUGUUCCGUAGAGGACUCUCCUCUAAGAAUAUUUCUGGUGGGGGUGGGGGUGGGGGUGGGGGUGGCGGCUUGGGGGUUGGUACUGCGGAGGAUGGGGGUGUGGCGGGCGAGCGAGAGCUGCGCCUGCGCUACCACCACGACAUCUAUGCCAUGCUCGAUAAGAUGCUCAGCGCAGAGCAACGACAUCAGAUGAAAGAGCUCACGGUGACGCUCGAAGCUGAGAAGAAGGAGAUAUUGAAUAAGCUUGCCAAUUCUAGAAAGGAAGAUGUUAAAGCUCUAGCUAAAAAAACUAAUCGGGACAAAGAUGAAAUACUCAGGAUUAAAAGAGAGAUACAUUCACAGUCUGUAGAGCGCGGUGUUGCUGAGUGCUCGCGGCUGGAGCAGGCGUACGCGCGACGUCGCGAACAGCUCGCUCUCACACACGAGCGACUGCGAGCCAUGCUGCACAAGCACAGGGACCAGGAGCUUCUGGAACUAGAGCAACUGUGCGGCGGUGCGCCCGAAGGUUAA